UUAAGUGCACAAGUGCAGAGCAGAUGUUCGUCAUAUUCGAGCAACAGCAAGAUUUUGCUCCAGUCCAGUCUAACUCUCAGUCAAGUCUAGUUGCUUUCAUUUCAGUUCUAAGGUCCUACAACGAGAUGCCUCUGCCACUUCUGACCCUCCUUUUCUUCUGCUUUGCCAUAGCACCAAUGCCGGUUCAGUCAGAGAAUCCUGGCCACUGUCCCAAGCCUUCUCCAGAUACGGUAACCAUUUGUAUUUACAAGUGUGACAGUGAUGCGGAUUGCACUGCAGGAGAAAAAUGUUGCAGUUAUGGUUGCGCGAGAGACUGCUACACAGCAGUAAAACCACACUUGAAAGCAUGUCCAGCCGAGCUUCAGCUGGAGCCUAACUGCGAGUACUAUUGUGACAAGAAACAAGAUUGUGGUCAGCAUGAAAUCUGUUGCUAUAACGGCUGUGGCUUCGAGUGUGUGGCUACGAAGUGAAAAAACACUGAAUCCUUUUGCCUCAUCACCAGCACUGGGUUUGAUCAAUAUCCUUGGCAUUAUGUAACUGAAUAUUACCCACUAUUUACGUGUUUCUUUAUUAUAAUCACCAUCAGAUUAUAGGAUAUGGCGUCUUCGUGUGUUAUUUCAGUAACAGUUGAAUUAUUAAUAUGAUUAGAAAUUGAAAUGUAAGCACAUGUACACACAAGACAAAUUCCCCAUAGUACACUUUACAUAAAUUAAAUCAUUGUACUGUUGUGUGUGUCUGCGUGUGUGUGUGUGUGUGUACAUCAAUAAAGCACGGAGCUAUAUGCUAUAUGCUCUCUAUAA